AUGGCAAGUUGGCAAGCUCAUGACUCUCACCGGGAGGUGCCUUCACCUUUCGAGCCGUCCUUGCUGGAAAGCCCCUUGUGGGUCAACAGCUUCCACAAGAAGAAGGCGGUGAAGGUCGAGUCCAUCGAAGAAGACGGCGUCGCGGAGAAGAUUUAUGCCAACUGGAUCAAAGAAGAGUUGCAGAAAGAAGCGGCAUGCUUGGAGCUGCCCUUCUCUGUGGUCUUCCUGGCAUCAUUUGCUUUCUUUGCACUGGGGUAUUUGGCGCAAGAUGUUGUCAUGAGUGUCGAAAAUUCGAUCGAGACGGACAUUACCGAGAAUGCAAAUUUUGCUUUCGAAGGCUACUUCGGCAACAAGGUGAUCGGUGACGUGAACAGUUUCGCAGACUUCUGGUCAUGGACGCGGUUGGGUCUUCUUCCACUGGUCUUCCCCGAAAUGCCCUACCUCUACUCUGAGGGCCUGGCGGAGGCCGUCCCAGAGGGCUACAAUAUCAGUGCUCUUCCUCAACGAUGGUUAUAUCCUGGAUACGAAAAGCCCGCUCCUGUGCAAAAUGAUUACUUGAGGUAUAACAGAAUCAUUGGAGGACUGCGAUUUCGUCAGGAGGUUUCCACCGACGACAAGGCAACCUGCACGCACUUCGGUGAGGAAGCAACAUUCAGGACAUGGAUCGGCAAGCCAUGUACGCACUUCACUGAAUACGAGCUGCCGCCCGACCUCAUGGCCACGGAAGCCUUCAAUAGUGCACCUCAGCGCGUCGAGUGGUUUCUGCCCGAGGUCGAAGGGACAUCAGCUUUGGUUCAGCACGUGAUCGACAUGGAGGAUGGAUGCUUCUCUGCCAGAGCACAGAACCGGACAUGCCUGUGCCAGUGGUGCAACGCGCAGGUGGGCCCACAUCCUUGGCUGGAUGAGCAGACACAACGAGUCGAGGUGGCCUUCAUAACGUACAAUGCACAUUAUGGUCUUUACAACCUUGCGACAGCUAACUUCUGGUUCUCCAGAGGUGGCAACAUUUUCAAGCUGGUCUUCGUUCGGUCUUCUUGGGCCGGGCUGGAGGUGCGAGAGCCGGGUGUGCUGGCCCUGAUCGCUAUCUCGGGGGUCCUGUGGGUUGGCGGCUGCCUCUACCUUGCAAAGGGCGAGCUGUUGGAGAUGGCAAGAAUGAUUCAGCGCUCCAACAAGAUCUGGUACUACACCCUGGCGCAGGACUACCUUGGUUUCUGGAAUUGCGUCGACUGGCUGGCGAUCAUCAUGACAACUGUAAUUUCCAUAAGCUUUGGAGUGCUCCACAUCUUUAUCGGUGAUGUCAAUGGCAAGUUGGGAGCCAUCGUGAUGGAGGUGGACAGCAAUGGCUAUCCCCCACUGGAAACGUAUCGGGAGAUCGUGUCCGACUUUGCGGAUGCCAUUGUGGCGAUGCUUGAUGCGGAGCGCAACCUCAGACUUUGGCUCUGUAUCUACCCUGUCGUACUGCUGAUGCGGUUGUUCAAGUCUUUUGCCGCUCAGAAGCGCCUAGCCAUUGUGACGGACACCUUUAGGAUGGCCUACAACGACUUGAUGCACUUUUUCAUCGUCUUCGCAUCCGUGUACUUCUGUAUGACGGUCAAUGCCGUCAUUUUCUUCGGUCAGGACAUCUUGGACUUUGCUACCAUAGAUCGGGCACUGCAUGCGUGCUUUCGGGCCAUGCUGGGUGACUGGGACUGGGACGAGAUGGGAAAGAUCGGAAUUCACAGAGCCUUCGCAUGGUUCUUCUUCUUCAUGGUGGUGAUGGUCAUGAUUCUGAUGAAUAUGCUGGUCGCAAUUCUGAUGGAGGCAUAUGGUGUGGUCAAAGACGAUGCCAAGCAUGCGGACUCUCUGUUGGAGCAGACCAAGAAUAUCCUUCGGCGUGCACGUCAAAACAAGCGGAAAGAACGAGUGAACCUCAGUUCCAUUUGGGAUGCACUGCGCAAGGAGCACAACAACGACGAAGAUGCCUUGCUAAGCAGCGAGCGGAAGAUUACUCCAAGCCUUCUGCGGGACAUCGUGGAGGGCAUCCCUGCCUCGCAAGCGCUGCGCACUUUGAAGAACUCCCAAAUCGACUACGACAAGAAGGUGGAUCCUGCCUUCGAGCUGCAGGACUUCAAGGUGGGCCUGACCAACAUGGUGACUCGCCUCGAUUACUCGGCCCUGUGUGCCACCUACCUGAGCGAAAAGAUUAGGCAAUACCAGGAUCUUGCCAAAGCCGAGGGCCGCGACACGGGCGGAUUUGACAAAGCACUAACAACUCUAAGCCUUCCUCUUGGCGAGCUGGAGGGUGCCCAACCGACGGAUGUCGAGACAUAUGAGAACAGCGCAGAGCAGGCCCUCGAAAAAGUCAAGGCCUUGGCCCGGGACCACUCCACCGAGAUGGCUGAUGGCAUUGCCGCAAUCUUGGGGGAGGAGAUGCAGGAGCUGGAGAAAAGACAGUACAACCAGCGAAAAGCAAUCAACACCACGUGCGAGCAGCUCCAGACAUGGUCCAUCACCUCAGUAGCACCUGUGCCGACAUCUCCAGCCUCACAGCGCAGUUGGGAUCUUCCGCCGGGCCAGCAGUGCGAGGAGAAGCCUCUGCUCCGCGAGUACACGCAGCAAGAACCGACCAAGCUUGCCAUUGGCGUCGAAGGCGGGUUCUUGCCAGACGACAAGUACGAGACAAUCAAGGAGUACUCCCUUUUAGUUGCUACAGCGGGUGAGCGCACUACGUUGCCAUACCCCAGCUUGGAGCUUACCGGCUCUUGUGAGGACCUGCCGAUGAUCGUUUCCAGCGUGUGCGAGGCAAUCGUCGCGCACCAGGCCUUUGGCAGAGCUAAGCAACAGACUUCAACCGAGACCGGUCCUUCUACGCUGUUGCCAUGGGCGGACGUCACGGCCGAAGCAUCGAAGACCUGCCGCGGCCGUUUGACUUUCUGUAGGUCUCCAAGGCCUCUGUUUCCCGGGCCUGCCGCAAUGGUGGCAAUUUCUGGCGUGACGCCGGCUGUGGCCGGCACCAGUGCUUCCUCCGAGCCAUCAGAGAGGAUCUCUUUCGCAAACCAGGCCGAGUUGAUUCUCACUCUGGUGGGCUACGCUGUCGGCGUGGGAAAUGUGUGGCGCUUCCCGUACCUGACAUACACGUAUGGUGGAGGGGCCUUCCUGAUUCCCUACGGUCUCAGCUUGCUGCUGCUGGGCAUUCCACUCUUCGUGCUUGAACUGGGCCUUGGGCAGCUGACUCGACGGGGAACGCUGGGAAUGUGGACCAAGCUUGGCUUGCCACGAUGGCAGGGUGUCGGCCUCGCAGCGAUGAUGUGCACCUAUCUGGUGGGCCUGUACUACAUUGUCGUCCUUGCUUGGACGAUCUUCUACCUGGGCAGGACUCUUGCUGCCUUGCCAUCCGGACAUCUGCCAUGGAGCGAUGUGGCUCCCGGGGUCACUUGCCCUACAAAGGAUCUCUACCUGCACCAGACAGUCGCGGACAGCGACUACCUGGUUGACAGCAUCACAGGUUUGCUGAAUUCCAGCUUUGUUGCGAGCACGUGGUGCCCGGCGAAAUCCGGCGACCAGCCGCCUGCGGACUACGUGCUGAAGACGCUGCAGCCAACGAGGUGUCCAGCACGAAUGGCGAAGAUCUUCUGGGAAGAGCAAGCCUUGAAUCAAAGCAGUGGAUUGGACGAGCUCGGAGGCUUGAACCCGGGUCUGGUGGUGUCCCUGACCAUUGCUUGGCUGGUGAUUUGGCUGAUUGUUUUCAAGGGCGUGAAGUCCUCUGGCAAGGUUGUGUAUGUCACAGCCACGCUGCCAUACGUCUGCUUGGGCAUUUUCUUGGUCCGCGCGCUGACGUUGCCAAACGCCUUUGUUGGCCUGAAGUUCCUAUUCGAAGCAGACUUUAGCCAUCUCGCAGACCCGCAAGUUUGGAUCCACGGAGCUGUGCAGAUCUUUUUUUCCUUGGGCGUGGGCUACGGGUCCAUUGUCGCUUUCGGUUCCUAUGGAAGCAAGAGCGGGAACUUUGUCCGAGAUGCCACCUCUGUUGCGAUCACCAACUGCGGCACCUCAGUCCUUGCCGCUUGCGUGGUGUUUCCCGUUCUGGGGUUUCUCGCUCAAGAGUUGCACGAGACGGACCCGUGCAUCUCCGCAGACAGCCUGGAUAGCUUGAAGAGCAUUGGCUUGUCGGGAACAGGACUUGCCUUUGUCGCUUUUCCAAUUGCAGUGUCGCAGAUGCCCGGUAGCUUCUUUUUCGCUAUACUCUUCUUUUUCAUGAUGUUGCUGCUGGGCAUCGACUCGCAGUUUGCAUACAUCGAAACAUUGGCCACCGUUCUGGCUGAUGCCGGAUGGGGGGAGCGACUCCCGCGUCCAGCUCUGGCAGGAUUGAUCUGCUUCGUCUCCUAUCUGAUUGGGCUGAUCUUCGUCUCCAGAGCAGGGAUCUAUUUCCUGGAUCUGUUUGACAACUACGUCAGCAUCUACGUCAUGUUUGCCGUGGGAUGUCUAGAAUGCGUCGGUUUGAUCUGGACUCGGCAGGGUCAGACUUGGGAGCACUUCAAGUCUUUGUGCAUGGAUCACACUGGUCGCCACUUGGGCCGCCUGUACGAGGUGGUUUGGGGAUGGAUCUGUCCAGGGCUGUGCUUGUUGCUGGUGAUCGUCAGCAUCACGCCGCCCUUUGGGAAGUUGGAUGUCAUGGAACAGGUUUUUUUCCCAGCUGGACGAUUCCUCUUGGAUGGACCAUUGCUUCGCUACCCAUCGCUGCCAUGGCUGCGACUUGCUCAGUUCAGUCGCAGAUGGGUCGCAGCAUGGCAAGAGCUCAUGCACAGCAGUCGUGUAGCGCUGCGCUACGCCCCGGAGAAAGUUCGCCGUUCCCAGAAGACCUUGCAAUCAGGACUUGGUGCAGUUACCAGCAUCCAGAAAGAUCAGUCCAAAUCCAAAGGACUGGGUGUCAGGUGUGAGAAGAGUGGGGACACGCAGAACCUGUGGCUCAACCUGUCCGAUGGGUUUAUCGGAGGCGGCCGCAAGUUCUGGGAUGGCUCUGGUGGCAGCAAUGGCGCACUGGACCACUUCACAGAGGAGCACGCGAAGGGCAACUUUUACCCCCUUGUUGUGAAGCUGGGAACGAUCACGCCGGCAGGGGCCGACGUUUACUCUUAUGCUCCCGACGAAGACAAGAUGGUGAAGGACCCUUUGCUGGCCAAGCAUUUGGAGCACUGGGGGAUUGACGUCAUGAAGAUGGAGAAGACUGAUAAGACGCUGGCUGAGAUGCAGGUGGACCUCAAUCUGAACUAUGACUGGUCGAAAAUCUGCGAAUCCGGAGACAAGCCGCUGGUGCGCCUCCGAGGGCCAGGUUUGGUUGGCCUCAAGAAUCUUGGGCAGUCCUGCUACAUGAACUCUUCGGUUCAGCUACUACUCGCACUGCCGGAAGUGAAGCAGCGCUACUUGGACGCGGAUCUGAAGAUCCGAACAUCUGCACCUGCAGAAGUCCAGAAUGACCUGCUCAGCCAGGUGGCCAAGCUAGUCAGCGGCCUCAACGGUUCACGCUAUGCACCACCUUUGAAAGAUGGUGAUGACGAGGAGGAUCCGAGCAAGGUUCGGAGUGGCUCGCAUGUGCCUGAUGAUCAAUGCUGCCACUUCGCGCAGUACUUCUUGGAGCAGAUCGCACGCUUCGAGCGAAGUACAGCAAGGUCCAGCAGAACAUGCUUGGACUUCCAGCGGGUGAAGCUGGAUGAUGCCGAAAACCUUCAAGAGGUCACGGCUUUCAGAGCAGCGAAGGACAAGGAUGAGCAAGAGGCCAAGAAGCCCAAAACGGAAGGCGAGCCGGAAGAACCGAAGCCAGUGAUACCGUUAUCGUCUUGUUUGGCUCGCUUUGGAGCUCCGGAGGAUGGCGUUCAGUUUCGAGGCAGCUCUGCGUCCAAGACGUCAAGACUGGCCAGCAUGCCCAGGUACUUACUGGUGCAACUUCAGCGGUACUACGUGGACGAGAAAUGGCCAGAGACAUUGAAUCUGGAGCACCUGCGUGGCAGGGGCCUUCAGCCAGGAGAGGAGCCGGUACCGGAGGAAGCGGAUGCUCCCCAGCUGGAAGCCCUGGCUUGCCUCUCCGCCCACAGCCCACAGCAUCGAAGCUUGACGAAGGCCACGUUGGUGUCCAUGGACAUCGGUGAGAAUGCUGUCAGCCAAGCGUGCCAGCCUGGCCGUGGGCAACUCCAGCGCCGAAGCCGCGAUCGCAUGGUGUUUUUCGAGCACAACACUGACCCCGACAUCAACGAUCCCUUGAGUGCAGCAGGAGGAGCUGGUGGGGCAGCCGAAUCUGGCGGCGAUGCGCCAGACCCGGAAGCAGUUUCCAUGCUGUGCUCGAUGGGCUUUGCCCAGAGUCACGUGCAAGCUGCGCUCAAGUCGUGCAUGAACAGUGCGGAGAGAGCUGCAGACUGGUUGUUUUCCCACUCGGACGACUUGGAUGGAGCUGUCGCCUCCCUGGGUGGCCAGUCCGGUGGUGCAAGUGCACUACCAAAGGAUUAUGACGACGGCGUCGGGGAGUACACACUGGUCGGCUUCGUGUCGCACAUCGGAAAGCAUACCUCGCAUGGGCACUACGUUUGCCACAUGCGCCGGGGAGAAGGUGCUUCCUGGGUCAUCUUUGAUGACAGCAAGGUCGCGCAGUCUGAAGCUCCACCUCUUGAUCUGGGCUACAUCUACCUGUACAGGAGAAAGGACGUACGUGCAAAUGCCGGUAUCUCCUGCUCUGCCUCAAGUUCAUGA